AUGGCCAACGAAGUAAAUGGUUGUAAUUCUAAAGACUGGUUUUUUCUUUCUUCGACCAUAACCAUUCUCAACAACAACCGCAAUGGCGGCUUGUUGCGGCUAUUGAGAAUCGCAUGGAUUGCAGGGACUUUGUCCAUUCUCAUCGCUUUAAUACCUUCGUCUUUGCUUAGUUGGUUCCGCGAUUUUUUGCUGGGGUUUGCAAAGAGAGGGAAAACCCUGCAAUCCUCCUCACAUAGUCUGGUUUGGUCUGAAUUCAGGCACGGCCUGCCGGUCUGCUGCGAGGUCCGAGAAUGGCGCCAGAGAUUCUUCUGUCAUUUUUACGUGGUGGCUGUUGUGUGGACAACAUUCUUGGUGGCUGCAUCUUGGCUUUAUGCAUAUAGAAUGGCGCCUCUGAUCUCUAAGCCGUUGAUGUAUUCUACUAUUGCCUGCUACUUGAAUGGAGGUUCACAUAGCUUUCCCUUGCAUAAAUCUGGUUCAACAACACCAGAACAUAAAUACAAGCUUUGGCUUUUGGUGUUUCUUCUUUUGUUAAUGGAAGCCCAAGUUGUGCGUCGUCUUAUUGAGACAAUAUGGGUAUUUGAUUACAGUCCAUCAGCUUGUAUACACAUUUUCGGUUAUAUCACUGGUUUAUUGUAAGUCUCUCUCUCUUCCUCGUUCGUUUGGUACAAUUUUAUCGCUAUGCUGGAAAUUCUGAAUAGGAUUUAUUGCAAC